UAGCUUUCUUCUCAUUUUAUCUUUUUAUCACCAUUUAAUUUCUUCGAAAGAAAAAAAAAAUCAUGGGUGUGAUUGUUGAUGAGCAAGCACUCACAUGUUCAAUUCCACAUGCUAGGAUUUUCAAAGCAUUCAUUGUUGAUUCAAACAAUCUAAUUCCCAAGAUUUUGCCAACGGUUUUUAAGAGCAUUGAGUAUACAAGUGGAAAUGGUGAACCUGGAUCGAUUAAGGUCCUUUCUUAUUACGAAGGAGGUGAAGUGAAAACCAUGACGCAUAGAGUAGACGAAUUGGACGAGGAAAAUCUUGUGUACAAGUUCAGUAUACUCGAAGGUGGUAAUAUGGGUAUAGAUUUUGAGUCUGUCUCGGUCGUGAACAAGGUUGAAGCUGGUCCUGAUGGAGGUUCCAUUUUUAAAUCUGUCAACACAUAUACCACAAAAGGGGAUAACGAGAGUGCGAUUCAAGAGAGUAUAAAGAAAGGUAAAGAGAGUGUUGCUGGAUUCUUCCAAGCUAUUGUGGGACACCUACAAUCGAACUCCGAUGCAUACAAGUAAAAACGAAAUUUUAAAAAUUAUGAUGGCCUUUUGGUGUAUUAAAUAAAAGGAUCAAGUGUGUGCAAUUGUUGCAUUUGUGUGUAAUUUUCAAAUAAAUUUGGUGGCCAUCUUAUUCCUUUUCAUGUUCGUGUGAUCAAUUGUUCAUGAUUUGCUAUGUUGUACUUUUGGAUUUGACAUUAUCAAUAAAAUGUUUUGCUUGUAGAA